AUGGAGCCAGACUCUUUCCCCUUGAUCUUUCUCCGUCGAGCGGUUGCGAUGGCUCUGGCAGUCACUGCAUGCCGCCAACUUAGACCGUUCUAUCCGACUGUCACUUCGGUCACGCAGACCAACCUUCUCACAGUCACGGCUGAUUCGAUGAUCGGUGUGGUUAUUUCGACAAGUACCCUGUUCUGCGCAUGGCACAUCUCCGGAUCGACGACCGAAUCCUCAGCGAUUACUGCCACAACCCUGGUUCUCUGCAGGACCAUUCUCGCAGGUCUUAUGCUUGUUUUAGCAAUCUGCGGUGACACCUGGCUGCAAAAAGCCACCACGGCGUGCGUCGUCGUAGCAUGCUGGGGUCUCGGUUGGAAAGUCACCACGGCUGAGCAGCGAGACACAUAUUGGCAAUUUUUGAAGCAGGGAUUUUUCCUCAAGAUGCUGGAACUGUGGCAGAAGAGCAAUCACUGA